AUGGCACAAAGCUUACGAUUGCACUUUGCAGCCAGAAGAAGCAAUACUUAUCCUUUGUCAGAAACCUCCGGAGAUGAUUUGGAUAGCAGCAUUCACAUGUGCUUCACGAGACCAACACGGAUUUCAACGGGGAACGUGGUUCAAAUGAAGCUGACUCCCAAACAGACUGCAUUAGCUCCGUUAAUAAAGGAAAACCUUAAGUCUCGGGAAAGAUCAUCUUUUCCUUCACCUGAAAAUGUUCAUAAAAAGAGCAGCUGUCUGCAGAUAUCAUUACAACCAACAAGGUACAGUGGAUGUCUUCAGUCUGGCAAUGUCUUAGCUGAUGAUGAUGAUGCUUCAUUUACUUGUGUCUUAAAGGAUGGCAGUGCUGUGGUUGAUAACGAACUGAAUGCCACGGAUGAUGGUAACCUCUUAAGCAGUCCUGCCAUUUGCAGUGGUAGUCUUAGUAACUUUUCAGCCAGUGAAAAUGGGUCUUACAGCAGCAAUGGUAGUGAUUAUGGGUCCUGCACAAGUAUCACCAGUGGAGGUUCAUACACCAACAGUAUUAUCAGUGACAGCAGUGGUUAUUCUUUUCCACCAACUGAUGAUACCUUUUUUGGUGGAAAUUUAUCUUCUGACAGCGCCUCCAAUAGAAGUGUGCCAAACAGGAAUACUGCUCCAUGUGAAAUUUUCUCAAGAAGUACAAGUACAGUUCCCUUUGUCCAGGAUGACUUGGAUCAUGGACUAGAGAUUAUGAAAUUGCCAGUGAGCAGGAACUCGAAAAUUCCACUAAAACGUUGUUCAUCCUUAGUCAUUUUUCCUAGGAGUCCUUCAAAUACACCACCAACUUCUCCAACAAGUACAGGUACUCUUCCAAGCAAAGGAUCCUAUCAGACCUCACACCAGUUUAUUAUUUCUCCUAGUGAAAUUGCCCACAGUGAAGAUGGCACUAGUGCUAAGGGAUUUCUUUCAACAGCUGUCAAUGGACUUCGGUUAUCCAAGACAGUCUGUACUCCCGGAGAAGUAAGAGACAUACGACCUCUUCACAGGAAGGGCUCAUUACAAAAGAAAAUCAUUAUUGCAAAUAAUAGUCCAAAUCAGACUGUCUGUGAACAGCCAUCUGAAGAAUAUUCUUGUGUUUCACUGCAUUUUACCCAACAGAAAGCAACUGCAUUAGAUUGUGAAGCAGCAAAUGGUCAUUGUAAACCAGAGAUGUCAGAAACUGAGCUUAAUUCUGAUCCAGAGUUUAUUAAGCUUAUGCAUAGGACAUCUGCAUGUUUACCAUCCUCCCAAAAUGUAGAUUAUCAAAUAAAUAUCAGUGGACAGUUGGAAAGACCAAAUUUACAGAUAAACAAAAACCAUGCUCUUUUACAGAGAAGUAUUUCAUUGGGGGGAACUUAUCCAAAUGUUUCCUGUUUAUCUAGCCUUAAGCACAAUUGUUCUAAGGGGGGACCAUCUCAAUUACUCAUAAAGUUUGCAUCUGGAAAUGAAGGUAAAGUUGAUAAUUUAACCAGAGACAGCAACAGAGAUUUCACAAAUGAACUACCUAAUUCUUUAAAGCAUUCUUAUAAGACAAGAGAUGAUUUCCUAGGUCAAGUGGAUGUUCCUCUUUAUCCAUUACCGACAGAAAAUCCAAGAAUGGAGAGACCAUAUACCUUUAAGGAUUUUGUUCUUCAUCCAAGAAGUCACAAAUCAAGAGUUAAAGGUUAUCUGAGAUUAAAAAUGACUUACUUACCUAAAACCAGUGGCUCAGAAGACGAUAACACAGAACAGGCUGAGGAAUUAGAGCCUGGCUGGGUAGUUUUGGACCAACCAGAUGCUGCUUGCCAUUUGCAGCAGCAACAGGAACCUUCUCCUCUACCUCCAGGGUGGGAAGAGAGACAGGAUAUCCUUGGAAGGACCUACUAUGUAAACCAUGAAUCUAGAAGAACACAGUGGAAAAGACCAACCCUUCAGGACAACCUAACAGAUGCUGAGAAUGGUAACAUUCAACUGCAAGCCCAGCGUGCAUUUACCACCAGAAGGCAAAUAUCUGAGGAAACAGAAAGUGUUGACAACCGAGAAUCUUCUGAGAACUGGGAAAUUAUAAGAGAAGAUGAAGCCACCAUGUACGGCCAUCAAGCCUUCCCUUCAUCUCCACCAUCAAAUAACUUGGAUGUCCAGACUCAUCUUGCAGAAGAAUUGAAUGCCAGACUCACUGUUGGUGGAAAUUCAGCCACUGGCCAGCCAGUAUCCAACUCAAAUCAUUCCAGCAGAAGAGGCAGCUUGCAAGCCUAUACUUUUGAGGAACAGCCUACACUUCCUGUGCUUUUGCCUACUUCAUCUGGAUUACCACCAGGUUGGGAAGAAAAACAAGAUGAAAGAGGAAGAUCAUACUAUGUGGAUCACAAUUGCAGAACUACUACCUGGAUAAAGCCCACUGUACAGGCCACAGUGGAGACCAGUCAGCUGCCGUCAAGCCAGGGUUCUUCUGCAGGCCCUCAGCCACAGGCCCCCGCGAGUGACGCAGCACAACAGGUGACCCAGCCAUCUGAAAUGGAGCAAGGAUUCCUCCCCAAAGGCUGGGAGGUCCGGCACGCACCAAACGGGAGGCCUUUCUUCAUUGACCACAACACCAAAACCACCACCUGGGAAGAUCCAAGACUGAAAAUUCCAGCUCAUCUGAGAGGAAAGACAUCACUUGAUUCUUCCAGUGACCUGGGGCCUUUACCUCCAGGAUGGGAAGAAAGAACUCACACUGAUGGAAGAAUCUUUUACAUAAAUCACAAUAGUAAAAAAACACAAUGGGAAGACCCUCGUUUGCAGCAUGUAGCAAUAACUGGACCAGCCGUGCCCUACUCCAGGGAUUACAAAAGAAAGUAUGAGUUCUUCCGAAGAAAGUUGAAGAAGCAGAAUGACAUUCCAAACAAAUUUGAAAUGAAACUUCGCCGUGCAACUGUUCUUGAGGACUCUUACAGGAGGAUUAUGGGGGUCAAGAGAGCAGACUUCCUCAAGGCUAGACUGUGGAUUGAGUUUGAUGGUGAAAAGGGACUAGAUUAUGGAGGAGUUGCCAGAGAAUGGUUCUUUCUGAUUUCAAAGGAAAUGUUUAACCCUUAUUAUGGGUUGUUUGAAUAUUCUGCUACGGAUAAUUAUACCCUACAGAUAAAUCCCAAUUCUGGACUGUGUAAUGAAGAUCACCUUUCUUAUUUCAAGUUUAUUGGUCGGGUAGCUGGGAUGGCAGUGUAUCAUGGCAAACUGUUGGAUGGUUUUUUCAUCCGCCCAUUUUAUAAGAUGAUGCUGCACAAGCCAAUAACACUUCAUGAUAUGGAGUCAGUGGAUAGUGAAUAUUACAAUUCAUUAAGAUGGAUUCUUGAAAAUGAUCCAACAGAAUUGGACCUCAGGUUUGUCAUAGAUGAAGAACUUUUUGGACAGACACAUCAACAUGAGUUGAAAAGUGGUGGAUCAGAAAUAGUUGUCACCAAUAAGAACAAAAAGGAAUAUAUUUAUCUUGUAAUACAAUGGCGAUUUGUAAACCGAAUCCAGAAGCAAAUGGCUGCUUUUAAAGAGGGAUUUUUUGAACUGAUACCACAGGAUCUCAUCAAAAUUUUUGAUGAAAAUGAACUAGAGCUUCUGAUGUGUGGCUUGGGAGAUGUGGAUGUGAAUGACUGGAGAGAACACACAAAGUACAAAAAUGGCUACAGCAUAAAUCAUCAAGUCAUCCAGUGGUUUUGGAAGGCUGUUUUAAUAAUGGAUUCAGAAAAAAGAAUACGAUUACUUCAGUUUGUCACUGGCACAUCACGUGUGCCUAUGAAUGGAUUUGCUGAACUAUAUGGCUCAAACGGACCACAGUCAUUUACAGUUGAGCAGUGGGGCACACCUGAGAAGCUGCCAAGAGCUCAUACCUGCUUUAAUCGCCUGGACUUGCCACCCUAUGAAUCAUUUGAAGAAUUAUGGGAUAAACUUCAGAUGGCCAUUGAGAACACUCAGGGUUUUGAUGGCGUUGAUUAGAUUUUAAGUAACCAUUUAUGGUGUUUUACUGCCACUUUUUUUUUUAAAGCAAAAUCUUGACUUAAAAUUUUCCAGGGAACUACUAAUCCUUGGCCAUUGAUGCUUCUCAGAUCGUGGAGAAAGUCGUGUCA